AUGCUACGAUUGGCUGAGCUCACUUUCAAUGCUCGUCCCGAUGCCGUCGUUGACGUUUUGCUCGGUACUCGUGAACUACCUCCACUUCAGAGGAGUACGAUGAUGUGGAACUUGAAUAGAAUAGUUUGCGACGAGAUGAAGCUGGGAUUUAUGACUAUGCUAGCUGGAACGCAUACUUACAACUAUGGAGUCUACCAGUCCAUCGCAGAUUCUAUGGCGGUCCCGCUGGUGGACUGGGAAGUGUCCGAUAUUCGAACGGCUGAUGCUAGAAGAUCUCCUAUGACAUUCUCUGUGAGGCCUCCAGUUGAUCAUAUUUUGAUCGACUAUAUAAAAUACAAAGGCUGGACUCAUGUCGUCUACAUACACGAUGGAGCAAAUGCUGACCGAACCUUGCACGGAAUGUUUGAAUAUUUGAACGCUGAAAAUAUGGGUUACAACUUAUUUGUCGAUAACUUCAGAGCACCCAGUGACGAAGAGUUCUUCCGUGAAUUUUUGAAUGAUUUCCAUCGAAGAAUGUCACUCGCACAAGUUCAAGGCAAUAACUCUACAGCAGAAGAUGCUCAGCUUGCUAAACCAGUUCAAGUGAUUGUUGAUUUGGAAGGCGGCUACCGUAUGAGAAUGUUCUUGCGAGCAUUAGAUGAAAGUGUAUUGGUCAAAAAAGAUUAUCACUAUGUUUUUGCGAAUUUUGAGAUGGAAGAUGCAGAUUUGGCGUCAUUCCACUACUCACUCAUCAACAUCACUGGCUUUCAAAUGUUCGAUCGGAUGGACAAGAAGUUUCUGCAAAACAGGAAGCACUUUGAGGAUAUAUACAGAGAGCGCUUUCCUACCGUAGAUUAUUUACCAGCUAGCAGCGCUUUCGCUCACGAUGCUCUACUUGUGGCCGCUUUUGCCCUUGAUCGGACAGUGCGAAAGCGUGGAUUUUCUUUCUUUUCAAACAGCUUCUCACGUCACCAACUCUACAACCACGGCUUACCUGGGCUAUACUGUCGCCCACAUGAGGACGCCGACCAUCCAGACAGAAAGUUCGAGCCCUUCGAAUUCGGUGCCGAGAUAGCUGAGUCACUAAGAGAGGUGGUGCUUACAAGUGACGAUGGAACUCUUACUGGGCGUAUUCAAUUUGACCCGCACACCGGAUGGAGAACCAACUAUUCUGCAACUGUUAUAGAGAUAAAACCUGGCGUAAACAGUCUGAACAGCAUAAAAGAGAGGUUCCAAUGGGUUCAAGGGCAAGGAUUUCUACUCAAUCAACAACCAUUCCCUCAUAAACCUAACGAUAGUGUUGCAAAGGACGUUACCACUAGUAAACCUAUUAAGUUAAGACUCAAUGUCGUUACCGUACUGGUCAAACCAUUCGUAAUGGUGAGAAAAGGAGUUGCCGGAGAACCAGAACACGAGGGUAACGAUCGCUUCGAGGGUUACUGUGUUGACCUGCUGAAACUGCUUGCAAAGAACAUUUCCGGCUUUGAGUACAGCAUAUUUCUUUCCGAAGGAAACAAAUAUGGAGCUCGUCAAGCUGACGGCAGUUGGGACGGAAUGCUGGGAUAUCUGUUGAAUGAGACCGCUGACAUCGCCGUAGCACCACUAACAAUCACACAGGAACGAGAGAGGGCUGUAGAUUUUUCGAAGCCGUUCAUGACAACCGGCAUCUCCAUAAUGAUAAAAAAGCCAGAAAAACAAGAAUUCAACAUUUUCUCUUUUAUGGAGCCUCUUGGAAUGCGCAUUUGGAUCUUCACACUGUGCUCAUAUGUUGGAGUUUCACUAACGAUAUUUCUGGUUUCAUCAUUCUCGCCAUACGAGCAAAGAGUGCAAUUUAAUAGAGGAGAGUUCUCAGUCUCAAACGAAUUCUCUAUGUACAACUCGUUAUGGUUCACGCUGGCCGCUUUUAUGCAACAAGGAACAGACAUUCUUCCCAAAGCUCUUUCUGGGAGGAUAGCUUCGUCAGCGUGGUGGUUCUUCACUUUGAUUAUCGUGUCAUCCUACACCGCAAAUUUGGCCGCUUUUCUGACCUUAGAGAAAAUGACGCCUCCGAUCGAAUCAGUCGAGGAUCUUGCUAACCAGAACAAAAUACUUUAUGGGGUUGUGAAGGGAGGGUCAACAGCUGCCUUCUUUGAGGAUUCCACAGUUCCGCUAUACAAGAAGAUGUGGGACUUUAUGUUCGACGAGCAUAACAAAUUUUUGAAGAAACAAGUAUCAGAAUCGGUUUUCGUAGACACCUAUGCAGAAGGGAUUGAACGAGUGAGAAAAAGUAAGGGCAGAUAUGCUUUCUUGUUGGAAGAAACAACGAAUAAUUACGAAGGCGGUCGCAAACCUUGCAAUACGAUGAAAGUUGGGCAAAACCUAAACACGCUCGGGUAUGGAAUCGCAACAAAGAUUGGAAAUCCCCUCAGGGGGUCAAUCAACUUGGCUAUACUGUAUCUUCAAGAGAAAGGAGAGCUGAAACGAUUAGAGAAUAAAUGGUGGUACGAUCGUGGACAAUGCGAUCAAGGAAUAUCUGAUAGCGGAGCCAGCUCUUCACUGAAUUUGUCGAAGGUCGCUGGCAUCUUCUACAUCCUCAUGUGUGGUAUGGUGUUGUCCAUGUGCACAGCACUAGUGGAGUUCAUUGUACGAAAGAAGAAAGAAAACAGAGAGAAAUUUAAGAAGCGUCAACUGGCCAUUCGACAACGUCCAGCAAUUGUUGGUGCAUGCAAUCGACUAAACAGACGAAGAACGAGAUCUGAAGAACCUAGGAAUAGCCUGUCGACACAGUUUUGACCAUGCUGGAAACUCUCGAAAAAAGCUGGUCCCACUGAGGCAUUUGUUCCCGUUACAAGGCACUAUCGGGCUACCUAAUGGUCGAGAAGGAUACUAUCAAAAC